GGACUGCCUGGCUGCCGAGCGCGCCUCCCCCCUGCUGCAGCAGCUCGCCACCUGGCUGACCCCCGGUCGCCCGCUGCUGGCUGCGGACCUGGCGUGCAGGCAGUUCCAGGUGCUGCUGGACGUGCACGGGGGCCCGAAGGAGCGGCAGCGCUGGGAGCAGCUGCAGGGGCGGUUGACGGUGGUGCAGACGGAGGGGCGGCCGGAGGAGCUGUGCCCCCGCUGCCGCCAGCUGCUGGGCGGGCUGCUGGGGGCCGACCAGCUGGCCGUGUUCGGGCUGGGCGAGGCGCGGCGGGCACUCAGCCUGACAGCCAACGGUAAUGCGGUUCGCAGUGCGGAGCGGGCGGGGGUGACGUUGGAG